UCUCACUCUCUCUACCUGAAGUGCUUGCGAACGCCUGAAGUGUAGCUAUUUAACCUAAAAAGGGAAGGUGUCCCUCCAAUUCAUUACGGGUGUUGUUCUGUUCUGAAAAUUAUUCGAUAAUUCACAAUGCCGUUGGAGAAUCUGGAGGAGGAGGGUUUGGAGAAGAACCCGAAUUUGGAGCUGGCGCAGACGAAGUUCUUACUGGGUCUCCGCGAACACGUAGAUGACGUUCAUUUGAAGACCAAACUCCUAGAUGCCAUCAAAGCUGACAAUAUGGCUCCAUUCUAUGAAGAGGUUUGCAAAGACCUGAAUUGGCCUGUAGAUGAAACUCUUCUCGCAACGAUGAAGACACAUAACGCAGAACAGUUAAAAAAACUCGACGAUGCUAUCGAGGAUGCUGAGAAAAAUUUAGGCGAGAUGGAGGUUCGAGAAGCCAACUUAAAGAAAUCUGAAUAUCUCUGUCGAAUAGGUGAUAAAGAAGGUGCAAUCUCGGCAUUUAGGAAAACUUAUGACAAGACAGUAUCAUUAGGACACAGAUUAGAUAUUAUAUUUCACAAUAUUAGGAUCGGCUUGUUCUAUCUGGACCAUGAUCACAUCACUAGAAAUAUUGAGAAAGCUAAAAGCUUGAUAGAAGAAGGUGGCGAUUGGGAUAGACGAAAUCGUUUGAAAGUUUAUCAGGGAAUAUAUUGCAUAGCAGUUCGUAACUUCAAGGAAGCCGCAAACUUCUUUUUGGAUACAAUUAGCACAUUUACAAGUUAUGAGCUCAUGGAUUAUAACACGUUUGUGAGAUAUACAGUAUACUUAAGUAUGAUAAGUCUUCCGCGGAAUGAACUGAGAGAUAAAAUUAUUAAGGGCUCUGAGAUAUUGGAGGUUCUUCACAGUAAUUCAGACGUCAAGGAUUACUUGUUCUCAUUGUAUAAUUGUCAUUAUGCAGAUUUUUUCAAGAAUCUUGCGCAUGUUGAAGGAUUGCUACGUCGAGAUUAUUUGAUAUUUCCUCAUUAUCGGUAUUAUGUUCGGGAGAUGCGAAUUCUCGCAUAUACGCAACUACUGGAAUCCUAUCGAUCUUUAACUCUUCAGUACAUGGCUGAAGCAUUUGGCGUUACAGUAGAAUACAUAGAUCAAGAACUGUCACGCUUCAUAGCAGCAGGCCGAUUACAUUGCAAAGUUGAUAGAGUUGGAGGUGUAGUUGAAACGAAUCGACCGGAUAGCAAGAAUUGGCAAUAUCAAGCGAUGGUAAAGCAAGGGGAUCUUCUACUCAAUAGGGUGCAGAAAUUGUCGCGUGUUAUUAAUAUUUAAUUUCCUGUAUUUGUAUAAUCACAGAGAUUAUCUUGCUAUUGUACUAAGAAACAAUCAAGAUUGACUAAAUGAAUGUCUAUUGUAUAUCUGUUUUAAAGAGCCUGUAUGUCGAGUUUUAGCUCGGAUUUUGUAACAAAGAAAGCUAAAAGUAUCAUGUUUGAUUUUGUAAACAAGAUACACGAAUAUUCCUUGCGGAAUGUAUAAUGUGAUUUAUUUACAUUUUGCACCCUAAAUAUCCCCGUCGUUGAGAUUAGUACUCAUUUCAUCACAAUGAUUCGUCAAGCGUUACUUAAAAAAAAGUUAAAUGACAGUGUCGUUCUUUAUGUAAACUCAAAAUAAAUCUAAACAUUAUUAAGUUAUAGUCUUUAGCAGUCGAAGAAGAGUCUUUUGCAGGAAGAGCAUAGAAUAAUUCAAAGCAAAUCGGUAUUUUUCUAUUUUUAAUUUAAAAAGUUUUAAUUUUUCA